CUCGAAGUGUUUUGGCUGCUUCAUCAGUAACCCACCUUGCCUUGGCACAAAAAAGCUCUAAUUAGUCCAGGCCAAUAUCAUAGUUGUCCAUCUAAAGAGGAUUUCACAAUUACAAUGAAGGAUUGUUGAGAUAGGUGGGAUCUAUGUGACAGGGUAUUAGAGGGAUCUGGAGUGUUCUUCAAUGUGGGGAUCUCAACAAUCAACUCACUAAGGUGGACUCAAGAAGCUAGACAAAAACUGUAUGAAGUAGUAAAAUGUGUGUCAAGUGAUAUUAGAUAACAAUACCUUGGGUUUAGUAUAAGUUUGGAAUGACUGUCAGUUUGUUCCACCUCAUGUGUGAAUAGCUGAGCUAAAGUGGGCUUGUUGAAGUUAGAUUGAGCUCAGGGUUGGGCUUAAUAGCUUGCACACAAAGGGAGUAGCCAAUGCAAUAGGGUUGGCUUUGGCCAUGAGUGGCUUUGGGGUGGCUAAUAAAGCCAGGAACUAGAGUUGGGUGGCAUGGAGAGUAAAGAUGUGGAAGUUAGAUUAUUAUAUGGUAAUUGAAAUAAAAAUGUAAAACAAUUAUUAAGAAGUUUGAUAUAAUUGGAGUAUUGUUAAGUAUUAUUAUAUAGAGAAUUAAUUUAACAAGAAAUUAUAUGUAUAACACGCACAAAGAAAUUCGAAAGAGUAUUAAUUUGAAUUAACCGAGCUUCAAACUCUUCAAUGAAUUUUCAUUAAGAGGUUCAUUGGGUAUUUGUUUAAGUAGGGGUGAGCAUUGGGUACAGAGACAACCAUUACUUACAAGUGCUUUAUUUAUUUGGGUAAGUGUUUUAUUUAUUUGGGUAAGUAUUAUACCCGAACUAUAAAAAAAUAUGGUAAAUAAUGAGUAUGAAAAUAGCAUACCCGUAAGUAUAAGUCAAGUAACAAAUAUAGGGUUUUAAAACCAUUUACCUGACUUGUUUAAUUGACUUGUUUAACUAAUCUGUGACAUGUACUUAUAUAAUUAAAAUUUUAUAUGUACUUAUUAUAUUUAAUACUAUAUAAUAACAAUAAUUUUUAAAAAUAAAAAUAGUAAAAUACAAAAAUAAAAAUAAAAGUAAAGUAAGGCUUCCAAGUACACAAGUAUAUACUUGCAAGUUAUCUAGUACCUAUGUCUUCAAUAAUUUUGGUAAGUACCAAGUCUAAAAAGCCGUACCUGAAAAUUUUCAAGUCAAGUACCAAGUAUAACUCAUACCUGACCUGAACUUGAAAAUGCUCACCCUUAUAUUUGAGAUUUUAGAGGAUUUUAGAAGGAUUUUAAAAGGCUUAUUGGGUAUUUAUUAAAGAUUUCUUGAAGAUUUUAACAAUUUUUAUAAAUAUUAUAUAUUAUAUACUGAGAUGUAGUCAAGAUAUUUUUUCCAUCUUUUAUGGAAAGACAAUAAAUUGAAAUGCCAUUUAAAAUUUAACCUUAGAUAAUCAAUACAGCUCAAUAGAUUAUAACAUCCAAAUUUAGUCCCAACAUUACCACAUUUGCACAAUUGUCAACCAUGCUCCACUUCAAUGAGUCACAAAACCAGCACCUUUAAUUUUCCCUUUUACAUUUUUCUUCUCCUAUAUAUAUCCCACUCAAACACAUCCAUUUCUCACCUCUGCUUGUCUUGAUCUCCCCUUAAUCUCUUGGUGAGUAACGUUUCUUGCUUAAGGAACUUGAAGUACCUUUGAACAUGGCUACUCCACCAGUUUCCUUGAAGACACUACACGCUUCAUCCUUAAUGAGAGGCCCAAUGGGGAAUCUAAUGCCUGUUUAUGGGUUGAUAUCUAUUAAAGGGCUUUCGGUUAAUAUGAAUGCUAGAUGGUUUGUGAAGGAAGACUUUUGCAGGCCAGAUAUUUUUGGUGGCAUCCCUCUACAUUUCUUUGCUGUAUAUGAUGGUCAUGGAAGCUCUCAGGUGUCCUCAUUGUGCAAAGAUUUAUUGCACAUAAUUGUAGCAGAAGAGUUGAUGUGCAUCCGGUAUAUGGGAUCUUCUUCAACUGGUGCAGUUAGGGUUAAUGGUAAUACUUCCAGCUCAGCACGAGGUUCUCAUCAGCAAGUUGUGGAUGCAAAUAUCUGGGAGGGUCACAUACAAAGAGCCCUAAGGAAUAGCUUUGAUAGGAUGGAUCGAGAAGCUAUAGGCCCCUGUUAUUGUAAUGGGACAUCAAAUAUAUGCAGAUGUAGGCCAACUCUGCGCAACUUUUCAGGGUCUGCAGCCAAUGUGGUAAUCCUUGCAUUACACCACAUUAUAAUUGCUAACUGUGGAAGCUCACGAGUGGUUUUGUGUCGUGCUGGGAAAGCCAUUCCACUAUCCAAUGAUCACAAGCCAGACAGGCCUGAUGAACUUGAGAGGAUCUAUGCUGCUGGUGGCAAGCUUAUAGAGAGGGAUGGGCUCAAAGUUAAUGGUAUACUUAACAUGACCCGUGCUAUAGGUGACUAUUAUCUAAAAGAGGUCAUAAUAUCAAAACCUGAGGUCACCAUCACAGAAAGAAACGUUGAUGAUGAGUUCUUGAUUCUUGCUUCAGAUGGCCUGUGGAGUGUAUUGUCAGAUGCUCGGGCUUGUGAGAUGGUUAGCUCAUGUCUUAAGGAUGAGAGUCCAGCUACUGCUCCUGGAUAUCAUAAUCCAGGGCACUCGGUCACUGAUGGAACGGAGGCAAUGUUUCCUACUAAAAAUGACUUUGCAGCAACUAUACUCGCAAGGUUUGCUUUGGCUAGGGGAAGCCAAGACAACAUCAGUGUCAUAGUUGUGGGUUUGUCAAGGGGCUGAGGACUAUGGAAUGGGAUGAUUGAACUAAGGAUGUUUUAGUUUUUUUCAGUCUCUUUGAUGUAUGGUAAUAUGUAUUGGGAUAAAUUAUGAACGCUUAAAUUGUCUUGUUGUUUUGGUAAAUGGAUGCUUUAGGGUCUUGGAUGUUUGGUCACAUUGGCUCAAGUGUAUUUGGUUUCAAUUUCAAGUUCCAGCUAGAGAAAUAAAAAACAUAGCCUAGGAAGCAUUAUAAAUCAUUUCUAAAAGCUUAUGAAAUCUAGAUUCAUGAUUCUGAAAUUAUGUUUUUGUGUGAUUGGACAUGUGACAUAAAUUUAUGUGGAAGAA